GGACGGAAUUCGGGACCGACUGACGGCUAGCCGGCUGCCCGGGACGGCAAGGUAACGGUAAUAGACAUUCAGCCAGCACCAUUCUUUUCUAAGAACCCUAACAAAUAUAAAGGAGGCUAAAUUGAUUACCCACUCAGCACAGCGUCUUACAGGGGAAGUGUAGUAUUUCCUAAAGGAAUAUGAGCAUAACAAGGUGUCAUUGACCUUGAAUUGAAUUUUUAACCUGUCCCCUGAACAGCUACAGGAUUUGGAAGCUGAAUCAAUGUUAUCAGAUGAGUUAGAAUCCAAACCAGAGCUCCUGGUACAGUUUGUUCAGAAUACGUCCAUCCCAUUGGGACAGGGGCUAGUGGAAUCAGAAGCUAAAGACAUUACUUGCUUGUCCCUCCUUCCGGUGACUGAGGCCUCAGAAUGCAGUCGGCUGGUGUUACCAGAUGAUACUGCAAGUCAUACCAGCUCCUCCAAGGAGGUCCCUUCCUCGGCUGUGUUGAGAAGCCUUCAGAUGAAUGUGGGCCCAGACGGAGAAGAGACGAGGGCUCAGACGGUACAGAAGUCCCCGGAGUUCUUGUCCACCCCAGAGUCUCCUAGCUUGUUGCAAGAUCUACAGCCAAGUGACAGCACUUCUUUUAUUCUUCUUAACCUAACAAGAGCAGGUCUGGGCUCUUCAGCUGAGCACUUAGUAUUUGUACAAGAUGAGGCAGAGGAUUCGGGGAAUGAUUUCCUCUCCAGUGAGAGCACGGACAGUAGUAUUCCAUGGUUCCUCCGGGUUCAGGAAUUGGCUCACGAUAGUUUGAUUGCUGCUACUCGCGCACAACUGGCAAAGAAUGCAAAAACCAGCGGCAAUGGGGAGAAUGUCCACCUUGGUUCUGGAGAUGGGCAGCCCAAAGAUUCCGGGCCUCUUCCUCAAGUGGAAAAGAAACUCAAGUGUACAGUUGAAGGCUGUGAUCGGACAUUUGUGUGGCCAGCUCACUUCAAGUACCAUCUCAAAACUCAUCGAAAUGACCGCUCUUUCAUCUGUCCAGCAGAAGGUUGUGGGAAAAGCUUCUAUGUGUUGCAGAGGCUGAAGGUGCACAUGAGGACUCAUAAUGGGGAGAAGCCCUUUAUGUGCCCCGAGUCGAGCUGUGGUAAACAGUUCACUACAGCUGGAAAUCUGAAGAACCACUUGCGCAUCCAUACAGGAGAGAAGCCUUUCCUUUGUGAAGCCCAAGGAUGUGGCCGUUCCUUUGCUGAGUAUUCUAGCCUCCGAAAACAUUUGGUGGUUCACUCAGGAGAGAAGCCCCAUCAGUGUCAAGUCUGUGGGAAGACCUUCUCUCAGAGUGGGAGUAGGAAUGUGCACAUGAGAAAGCAUCAUUUGCAGCUAGGAGCCGCUGGGAGUCAAGAGCAGGAGCAAACUGGUAGCAUCCAAGAUUCCACUUCUGAAAGAAAAGGUCCAGGAAGGGAAAUGGGGACCAGGCACAGCCUGACCGCUGCAUCUCUCUCACAUCCUGUUCUCUGUGCAGCUGAGCCACUGAUGGGCAGUAGUUUGCUUGAAGAGGCUUCAGUAACCAGUAAAAACCUGGUGCCUAUGAAUCCCCAGCCCAGCCUUGGUGGAGAGUCCUUGAACCUACCAAAUACCAAUUCUAUCCUAGGAGUUGAUGAUGAGGUGCUUACUGAAGGAUCCCCACGUCCCCUGUCUUCAGUGCCUGAUGUGACACAUCACUUGGUGACCAUGCAGUCAGGGAGGCAGUCAUAUGAGGUUUCUGUCUUAACUGCCGUAAAUCCACAGGAGUUACUAAACCCAGGAGAUUUAACUGAAAGACGGACAUGAGCGUGGGUGCCGACUCCUGGAAGAGCAGCCGUGUCUGAUUCCAGAGUGCACACGGUGGGAACAGGAUGCUUAUGGCUCACGUUCUGCCAGAACCAAAAUGCAUCUGUGAAGGACAGGACCCCACUUUGGCCUCUGUUCAUCUUUCCUGGCAUAGAAGAUGAAUGUAGGCGAGCUUCUCUUCAAACUAUAUCUGAUCCAGACAAGGAGGAAAGUGAAUGUGGGCUGGGUAACUGCACCUACCUCUCUUCCCACUACAAAAUUUUGGGAUGGACUUCUCCCAAAAGUGAAUGUGAUUACGUGUUGGCUGAAAUUUCUUCAGUAUGACUGUUGAGAAGGGGUUUUCCUUUGAAGAAUUUUCAUCCCAGACUCAGCUGUCUUUUCACAUGGAUAAACUAAGUCCUGCCACCAACCGUAAAGCUUCACCAAGAAGUUGAGCUUUCAAGAUGCCUUGUUGCUUUGGAGAAGGGGGUGAUGUCCAUCCUGUUGUGGCAUCCUCCCUUGAGCAACCUGAGUAAGAGACUCUCUGCCACUGGGCUGCAAACAAAUAAAAUUACUUGAAUCCCUACUUGGCCCAGGCUGAGGUACUGUCUUAUCGUAUCCACAUCUACUUGGUCACUUUGCUUUCUUUGCUUAUGGAAUAUCCGGUAGCAUGUUGAAAGGUUUUUAAAUUAAAUAUCACAUGAUUCAGAGCUUCAGGUGCUUUCCCUUUAAAUAAACAGGACAGCCCAGUAA